AUGCUUCUAACGUCGUCAUGGAUAAUGGACACUACAAUAUGUAUUUCCUUGAUAAUCCUAUUGAUUUAUAAAUAUCUCACAAGAUAUUUUGAUUAUUGGGAAAAAAGAAAUGUUCCGUAUUUUAAACCUACACUCGUAUUUGGCAACUUCAAAGAUGUUUUCACAUUUAAAAUAACUAUUCAGGAGCAAUUAAAAAAGCUUUAUGACAAAAUGGAUGCCCCAUAUUUUGGAGUAUUUCUUUUUGAUGAACCGAUGUUAGUUUUAAAAGAUCCCAAACUAAUUAAAGAUGUUCUAAUAAAAGAUUCUGCUAUUUUUGCCAACAGAAGACCGCCUACACCUACACAUCGCCUUAUGGAGGACUCAGUAGUUUUUAUGAAAUAUCCACAUUGGAAAAAAGUGAGAACGAGACUGACUCCAGUUUUUACUUCUGCGAUGUUAAAAAAUAUGCAUACUGAAGUAUCUGAAAUUACUAAAGCAAUGGUACAAUAUUUGCACAAAAAUAAGAAAACAAUAGAUGGCAGAGGACUUGGAAACAUUUUUACAGAUGAGUUUAUAUUUAAAUGCUUUUUUGGAGUUAAUCUUGAUGGUUUUGGCGAUAAACCCACUUCAUUACAACCUAUUGUGACAAAACUCAAUGGCUUUAGUCUUAGAAAUGCAAUUGUUCAAAACCUUUUUUUUGUCAAACCAUCAUGGGUGAAGCAUUUAAAGCUAAAUUUCUUUAAGGAUAGUUCAUUGAGGAUUUUCGAAGAUAUUUUCAAACAAGGAAUGAAAGCUAGAGAUCACUAUAAUGGAAAACCACUGAAUUAUGUUGAUUUUGCCAAUAAAGGGGUGAGACAAUUAGAAGAAGGAAUGAAUGUAACUAAAGAAAUGAACACGUCCAUCGCAGGUGCAAUAUUAUUUCUAAUAGCUGGUAAAGAUACCCUAAAUACACUAUUUUCUUUUACUCUAUAUGAACUAGCCGUAAGUGAAUAUAUACAAACUAGAUUAAGAAAGGAUAUCCAAGAGAAUAUAAAAAAGUACGGAGGUAUCACCUAUGAGGGAAUGCAAGAUAAUAAAUAUCUAGAUAUGUGUAUUAAAGAAUCAAUGAGAAAAUAUCCUCCUAUACCUUUUCUGGAUAGAGUACCUAUCUCUGAUUAUCAAUUUGAAGGUAGUGAUUUAAAACUAGAAGGUGAUAAAAUUACAGUAUUAAUACCAUCUUUUGCGAUAAAUAGAGAUGAGAAAUAUUUUCCUAAUUCUGAGUUGUAUGAUCCAGAAAGAUUUUUGGAAGAGACAGUACCAGAAUGUUAUAUUCCUUUUGGAGAAGGACCCAGAGCUUGUAUAGGUAGACGCCUUGGGAUGCUAAGUUUAGCGAUAGGAUUAUCGUACGUGCUAAUGAACUUUAAAAUAGAAAAAAGUCCUGAAACUCCGUCCAAGAUAGAGUUUGAACCUAAAAGUAUGCCGUUAAUGUCGAAAGGGGGACUUCCUCUUAGGAUGACUCCCUUGGGAGAUGAAAUAUAUUUAUAA